UCAUCUUCUUCUUCUCCCCGAUGCUCUGCCCCCCGACCCUCUGCACCCGAGAAGCCCCCCAACUACCGCCACCCAUUUCCAGCCGGAAAUCCGGCAAAGCUUGGGGAUUUCUCCCUAUUUUCUUGUCUUAGAACACCUGUUGAACCUAGAAAAUCCCAGAUCUGCGUCUUCCUCCCUCUGCUGUCCGUCGGCUUCAACUUGUGGGUUUGAAAUUUCUGGGCAUUUUUCGCCGCGAGUUCCCCUGCAGAAUUUCUUCUUCUCUGCCGUCGGCUUCUCCCCCCUGCUAGGCUCGGUUUUUGCUUGCUAAAUUCUGGUAAGUAGCCAUCUUUUCCAAGCUUAAAAUGACCCAUUUAAUGGCUGGGUUUUGUCCAUUAGUUGAUGCUCUGUGUUGUCCGAGUCUGCUGGGAUAGGGGAUGAAUUUGGCAGCCAUUUUAAAUGUGUUUUGUGCUUAGUUUAUGUAGGAAUUGUGUUAAUUAGGCUACUGUGAUUGAUUAGAGAGAAAACCCCGUGAAUUAGCUAUGUUUUGUCAAUUGUGGGAGUUGAGGUACUGUUCGCACGGUACUGUUCACGGGAUGUUCGGUUAUGUGGAGAUUGAUAGAAAUAGCACUGUGAUUGGGGGUAGUGUUGAUGAUGAUUUCAGUUUGAAUUUAUGGUAGUGCGAUAUUAAUUCUUGGAAUAUUGUGAUUAGGUUUUGAUCGUUCUGUUACCGUAGCACUUGGGUUAGCCUUCUGUUCUGUGCGAGUGAGGUAAGUAAAUUAUGGUAAAGCCCUUCGAUUUCAAAGCAUGUUUUCAAUUGUUUUUGAGAUGGUGGCAAGGUUUAAAUUGAUUUUAAACUGAUUUUAUCAGCAUCUGAAUGUGAUUAAACUGAAAUGGAAAUUGUGAUGGUUUUUAUGAGAAUUUCCUUCUUUUUCUGAAAUUGAGCAUGAUUGGAAUGAAAAUGAGGAUUUUAUUGAUUUUCUGGAAAUGAGCAUGAUUGAGAAAUGAAAAUGAGAAUUUCAUUGUUUUCUGGAAUAGAGCAUGCCUAUUUGGGAAUUGACGGAACUGUUUUGAUGAAUUGAGAGUUUGCAAAUUCUGAGUUUUCUGUUAAAUCCAUGGUCACAUGGAAAUUUCCUGGUUUGUUUCUGAGAUUUGAGAUUGAUUGUGAAUUAUGGAUUUUUGGAAAUCCUGCAUGGUUUUGUCUCAGAUAUAGUCAUGAUUACUGACGCCCGCUAGUGGGAGCUGUAAACGCUAGCACAUGUCGACAUUUUGUAAACACUGGCCAUGACUUAUAGAUGAGACUACUGAACUGAGUUUUCUUCUGCAUGUAACGGUUUGUCAUGAAACGUUUUGUUAUUGAACUGAAUCCGAUUUCCGCAUUAAUGGUUUAUCAUUAAAAGUCUGUUAUACUUACAUGGUUUAUCUGGCAUGCUAAAAGUUUUACCCAAGGGUUAUCCAUAUUUACUUACUGAGUUAUCUCAUAGUUUUUUCUUGUCCACCAUUUCAGGAAGCGAAACCGAGGACGGGGAAACCGAGGGGAGUGACGAAUUAGAAGGCUAGCCAUUCAAUUGGGGUAUAAGUUUUAGAUUUUAUCAUCCUUUUGUAAGGUUGAUUUUAUUCUUGAGAUUUUGUGAAUUGGAUAAGUUCCGAACCUUGUGCAUUUGUGGGACCCGUCUCACGAGUGCACGGCGUCUGCCACGUUCUCGGAUUUGGGUUCUGGGGCGUGACAGUUUUCUGUGAUUAAAAUUGCUUUACUUUGAUGUGGCAGCAUGUAAUCUUAUCUUGCAAUCAUAUUAUGAUACUAAUAUGGGCAAUGAUUGCUUUUUAAAAAGAAUCAAACUCUAAAUAUUAUUAUAAGUGAAAAUUCCAAUUCAUGGGAAAGACUUGAGGGCACUCAUGUUUCCCAUUCAUUUGAGUUGGAGUCCAAGGUAAAAGGCAAGUUUUAUGUGCACCUGCUCGCAUUACAUUCUGGACACCAACAAAGGCAGCAUUGCAGG